UUUACAUGAAUAUCUGUUAAAGGAACAUCUCUCCUGCUGUGUAUAUAAGAAGAUGUUCAGACGAUAUUCUGUACACAUCUCUUAUCCAGUUUGAGAUCAUCAUUUCUUUAACACAUCAUCUGGAAGAAUGAGAAAUCUGAUGGCUCUGUUGUUUCUGGUGAUCUUCUGCUGUCUGCAGCUGACUACAAGUGCUCCAAUUGCUUCGGAGAUGGCAAAUUCAGAAUGCUGUUUCAAGUUCAAUAAUGCUAUGAUUCCUUUGAGACGUGUGAAGUCGUACUAUUGGACCAGCGAUAACUGCCACACACGUGCCAUUGUGUUUCAGACUGCUAAAAGGAAGAUCUGUGUAGACCCAGAAACCACCUGGGUGACCAGCCAUAUGGCCAAAGUGGACAACAGAACAACUAGAGAUACACGAAAGACUCAAACCACGAAAGUCUAAAAGAAUCUCUUCAUCUAUGUUUGAUUUAUAAAUUUAACAUUGUACAUAUGCUUCACUCAUAUUAUGUUCUCAUGUUUAUGUGGUAUAUGAUGACCAUGUAUUUUUUACAAAAUAUUUAUAAUUUGUAUAAGCUUUUUCAUUAAAACAUAAUAUAAAUACA